AUGGAGGUCGACGCAUUACCGGACUUCCAAAUGCUACCAUACCCUGCCAUCAACCCUCAAGACCAACUCAACAACCAAAUCACCCUCAAAACAACAUCCUCGUGGACCUACUGUGGACCCCUCCUAUCUCUAGACGCACAUACUCUCCCAGGCUCUUUCAAUACCUGGGCUGAAGCAACAAUCAACGGCUCAAUCUUACCAUCCUUCUUCUCAUUCCUAACAUACGUCCAUGAAUUCCUAACAAAAAACAACCAAACUCACUACUGGCUCACAAUCCGAGCAAGUAAAGCAACGCACGAAUUCGACGUUCCGCGCUGGCAUACGGAUGAUCUAUUCUUUGCUCCACCAUCACCACUACCACCAUCACCAUCACCAACCACUACUACCACACCCUCAAAGCGAACACGCUUCUUCCAGCUGUCUAAUAUUUUCAAACCACAAAUAAACCCCCAGAACCAAACUACAACAUCAACAUCAAUACCAACACCCAAAGCAGCAAUCGAAACCCCAGCUCCCCCAAACUGGAAACUAACAACAACCCUCCUAGGCCCAGGAACCCUCUUCAUACCAAUCGUCUCAACACCGCAUGCCCGCACAGCCCAAAAAUCAGCAAAACAAACCGCCCGUGCCAAAAACCCAAACCACAUCUGCCUCUCAAUCCGCUGUAUCGGAUGCGCCAUGGCAGCGGAAUCAGUACGAGCCACACUAGCAACCCAGCUGGCUCGUGAUGGUGCGAUUGUGCAAGCGGCGCGGGGGCAGUGCUAG